AUGGGAAAUAGUGUAUCUGGCCAAUUCAACAACCGGCCCGGAGGGGCUCUCGAUAGCUAUGUGAGUGAGCUCGGACCUGACAUUGUUUACGAGAAGAGUGUAGGUUCGGCGCGAUUCUUGAAAACCGUUCGAGGGCGUCAUAGAAAUGGACCGCUUGUCAUCAAGGUAUUCAUCAAACCCAGCGCGGAUUUAACGCUUCGUGACCACAAGGCAAGGCUGAGAAGCUUUAGGGACAAACUGGCCGAUAUACCAAACGUUUAUACCUAUCAAGCGUUUGUUGAAUCGGAUAAAGCUGGCUAUGUGAUAAGGCAAUGGCUUGCCAGCAAUCUCACUCGGCCAUUCCUGAGCCCAAUAGAGAAGAAAUGGAUUGCAUUUCAACUCCUGUGUGGAAUGAAAGACGCUCAUGCACGAGGGGCUCCCCAUGGAGAUAUCAAAUCCGAAAACGUACUGGUUACCUCUUAUAAUUGGAUUUAUAUCACCGAUUUCGCGUCUAGCAAGCCCACAUACCUUCCCGAGGAUGAUCCCUCGGAUUUUGCCCUAUUUUUCGACUCCUCUGGGCGUCGUACAUGCUAUAUUGCCCCCGAGCGUUUUUACGCAGCAGGAUCUGACAUUUCAAUUGAAAAAGCAGAAAGAGAACGUCAGAUUCAGCGGGAUUUUGAUGUCACGGAGGCAAUGGACGUCUUUAGUAUGGGCUGCGUGAUCGCUGAGCUAUUCACUGAGGGAACGCCUACAUUCACUCUGGCCCAGCUCUAUAAAUAUCGAGACAAGGAAAUCAAUGCUGAAACUCAUUUGGCUGGACUGGAAGACCCUGGAGUAAAGGCGCUUGUGCUGAGUAUGAUCGCGCUUGACCCUGAAGCUCGGCCAAGUUUCGCAAUUGCUUUAGAGACAUACCGUGGAAGCGUAUUUCCAGAAUCUUUCUACUCGUUUUUACACGAAUACGUGGCUGGAGUAAACGAAAUAUCUAGCCCCUCCGUUUUUGACGCCAAGCCAUUGCAUACCCCUAAUGCGCCAGAAAUGCACACCUCGCCCCCUGGUUUAGGGGCGACUCCCACUGUGCCAACGACGACUGGAGUAGAAACUACCUCAUAUGAAAGCGCACUCCCAAAUGAGUCAGACUCCCGCAUCGACCAGUUAUGGAACGAAUUCGCAAUGUUGGAGCCCCAUUUAAUUGCGGAGAGGACCAACGAAGAGUCCGAGAAGCGGCCAGAUAAGGUCGUCUCUCGAACUCGUACUACGCCCUUCCGGGAUAUGUUUCCCGUCGAGUUAAGCAUCCCUAAACGAGUUAGCCGAUUACAAGGAGAUUUACUGGCUAAUCAACGCGCAGCGCAUUCUAACCCCCUUCUAGAUGGACCUGCCCUCAUUGUCCUUUCACUUGUUUGCUCAAACAUUAGGAACUGCGUCAUCCCGAGUUCGAAACUACGUGGUCUUGAUUUGUUGCUGGCUCUUGCAGUUCAUUUAACAGAUGAGGCGAAACUAGAUAGGCUGAUCCCUUAUGUUAUUGACCUGUUACACGACGAAGCCGCGGUGGUACGCUCGGCUGCUAUUAGAACUAUGACUCAAGUGUUAAUGCUAGUCACAGUGAUCACACCCUCCAACACAUCUAUCUUCCCGGAAUAUAUCUUCCCCAAUAUCCGACACUUAGCUGUGGACUCAGAGGAAUCUGUCCGAUGCACAUUCGCGCAAUGUAUUGCUCCUCUCGCUGAUGCAGCGUCAAGGUAUUUGGAGCUUGGUCAAGCCCUCAAGGCACAUGGAACAUUCAAGCUUAGCGAUAUCCAAGAUACCGAUGAAACGGCCUUUGAGAUGCCUUAUGAGGCCAGUCUGCAAGACCUUCACUCGGCGGUACAAGACGUGCUCACGACCGCGUUGGUCGACUCUGCGAGUACAGUCAAACGAGCUGUUCUGCACAACAUUUCUUCGCUCUGUGUCUUUUUUGGUCGCCAAAAAACUAACGAUGUACUCUUGAGCCAUAUGAUCACCUACUUAAAUGGCCGAGAUUGGUUAUUGCGCUACGCGUUCUUUGAUAGCAUAGUUGGAGUUGCCGCGUGUGUUGGUGCUCGUAGUUUGGAGGAAUAUAUCCUUCCAUUGAUGAUUCAGGCCCUUUCGGAUGUGGAAGAAACUGUGGUAUACAAAGUACUUUCGUCGCUUACGAGCCUUUCAGAAUUGGGACUAUUCCAGAAGAUGCGUAUCUGGGAACUGCUUAGUGCUACUGUUCCGUUCCUCUAUCACCCGAGCAUAUGGGUCAGGCAAGGUGCUAUUGCAUUCAUUGCCUCUUCAACAAAGCUUCUGCCGCCCACUGAUGUUUGGUGCAUAUUGUAUCCGGGACUUCGCCAAGCACUGCGAGCAGAUGUCAGGGCAAUCACCGAGCAGAGUCUCCUGAGCACUCUGAAACCUUCUCUCUCGCGGCAGAUAUUUGAGGCUGCGAUUAGCUGGGCCAUCAAAAGUGAUAAGAGCGCAUUUUGGCGAGGCCAAACCUCUAAACUCAAAUCUAAUAAAGAAUCUCCAAAAGAUCUUGUAUCAAAUAUGAGGAAUUCUGCCGUAUUGCCUCGUCCUGGAUCGAAGGGUGACGAAGACGAAGCUCAGAUCGUGAAACUUCAGCAGUUAGGGAUGACUUCGAUUGAAGAAGCGAAGCUUGUCGCCCUAAGAGAUUACAUUCUCAAGUUGGCCAAUACAAUUAAGAGCUUUACUGCCCGUGAUAAGGAUGAGAGCGAAGUGGUUAACGUCCUUCACGGACCUGUCGCCGAAUUGCAGAAGCUUGGUGUGGUGCCUCAAACAGUUUUUGUUGGAACUCGAGCAACUAUAAGCGAAACGCCAUCGGUCUACGCACCUAUCGGUACUCCGGGUCGAAAGUCAACACUAGAUGUGACCCCGAGGCCCCAUCACCCUUUAUCCCCUCGAGGCAUCCAUCGGGCAGGGACAGAUACCAGCUCACGGUCGGGUAGCCCGUUUGCGAUUGAUGAUUUAAGGCGGCACUUGGGGCAAAUUGAGGGAUCGCCCCAUGGCCUAGCAGUCCCUGGACGUAUAAUUGGACGAAAGGAUUCGCAUUCGUCACUUGCGAGCGGAAGUGGCAUUCAUUCACCGGUAGCUACGGACCCAGCAUCUGAUACUCCCACUCUCGACUUUGCUCCUUCAAGCCCAUCAGAAUCCGUCUCUGUUCUAUCUGGCGCGCAAGACAAUGAUAUGCGCCGCAGGCAUUUGAGACAGCUCGUACAAGAUGGGCGAGGGACUGCACCCGCCAGCAUCGUAUCGACCAGGACUGUGGCUACGGGAACAUUGGAGGCGCCAUUAAAAUCAAGCGACAUCUCCGCGUCUGGGCGAACCUCUCCUGCAUCAACUGUCCGUGGCGAACAGCGCCCUAAAUUGCGCUCCGCUGGGCCAUCCGGACUCGCAUUUGAGAGUCAAGGGACCAACGUAAGCAAUUUGCUUGAACAAAUGCAGAUGGACACUAUUCGCGAAGGUAUACAAGACUUCGGACCCAAAGUUUCAUCAGUGCCCAUUCGACGCCGCAACGUACCCAGGGGGACGCAAGCUUCAAGGGAGAAUGGAUCUCGCAGGGCUGAUGCUUUAUUGAUCUCGCACAUGAACGCUCACGACAGUCGUGUCAACGGCAUUGCGGUGUCUCCCGACCAUGUAUUCUUUAUUUCAUGCUCGGAAGAUCGCACAGUCAAGGUCUGGGACACAGCGCGGUUGGAGCGAAAUGUCACAACCAAGCCACGACAUGUCUAUACCCAACAUCAUGCACCCGUGACCGCCGGAGGGGAUGGGAGUCUCCACGUUGUGAGAGUUCAUGUGAGUGCAUCCAGCUCGCUGCCUAAGUAUGGCAAACUUCAAAGCGUGCGAGAACACCGCUGCGAUCAAUUUGGGGAGUACGUGACUUGGAUGGCAUAUUUCAAUGUCGAUGGCAGCCCAGCGUUACUCUAUACAACCAAUCUGUCGUCGAUCGUGGCUCUAGAUCUUAGAACUAUGAGAGUUCUUCGAGUCUUAGAGAGCCCUCGGCACUUUGGGCCUAUCACUUGCGCAUGUCUCGACAAAAGGCAGAGCUGGCUUGUCACCGGGACUACUUCGGGCGUCUUGACCCUUUGGGACCUCCGGUUUGGCUUACUCCUUCGGAGUUGGACAACAUCCAAUGCUGCAGACGGCAUGGCGGUCGAAACCACUAACACCAAUGCUCCGCGAACAGCUUCAGAACGGCUCAAAGGAACGGUCACCCUAGAAGUUUGGGACAUAGAGAAGGCGACUCUGGAGGAAACAUUUUCGAUUGCCGACACACAUGACACCUCUGGACAAAACAGCCAGCCACCCGAACCCUGCACACCUACCAAGGAAGGGCGUUCGGCUUCAACCGAUGCGGCUUCCGCUAUUGCCGAGUUAAUUCGCUCUCGACGUACCCGAGAGAAGGCGCAGGAAAGGACCAAAGAAGAGCCUGAUUCGCUGCCCGCUGAUAUUGUUGUGGAUCCAGACGCCCCAGUACAUGCAUGGAUGCGACCUGACGUGCGCGCUCUGUUGGCACUGCCUGACAACAACUCGCUCGCUCAAGCCUCGCUUGGUAGUAGGAAGGAAUUAGAGUCGUCCACCACUACAAUCAAGGAUAAAACUCGUGGUGGGAUGCUACUAAUUGGCACCGAAGCGCGGCGAAUUCACUUGUGGGACUUGUCCAAACUCGAAAAGUCAGUUGUUUUAAGCGGCCUGGAUGCCGAACAAGGGCCACCAUUCUACCACACUCAUACACCUGAACCUCAAGGUGUGGUAACCCAUACUGUAACUUUCCCUCAUCCAAGUGCUGCACCUGCACAAAAUCGUGGUCAAUCAAGAAGCACCCUCACAGCACAACAUCAUCAAACUGUGAUGAAAGGACAUACCGACGCGAUAACCGCCUUGGCAUGCGUAGAUUUGCCUUUCAAGGGAGGUAUAGUUAGCGGAGACGCUUCAGGCGCACUGAAGGUCUUUAAGAUGGAAUAG